UCAUAACUUACUCUCUAGAAGUUCUAGUAAGACUUUAUUUAUUGAGUACAUUAUUGUUGAAAUACUGUUGUUUAUAAAUUGCACUUUAAGCUUGGAAAGACAAAAAUAGGAGGUAUUUAAGGGUGGGCAGUACUAACCGAAUUUUCUAAUUUUACUUUUCUAAUUACAUAUUGAAUAAUUACGUCACUCGAAUGAUGAAAACUUUCCGCAAAAUUAAGUGGACUGUCUUCAAUUCGCGUGAUGUUGGAAAUACAUCAAUAUGUUUGUAACCGAAUAAAAUUUUUCAGCUCUUAGUUUGUAUGGCUUUAUGAAUUUUCAUAUCGAAUCGUUUACUUCUAAUGAGUUAUUAGUGUUGCAUAUAAUAAAUUGAUCGAUUCAUGCAAGUGAAAUAAAAAUCCAGACCUGAAAUUUGUUCAAAUGAAAAAAGCAAAUAGUAUAGAACUACUUCCAUCGUCUAGUUGCGAUCGUCGAUGGAGUUUUCGUCAACAGAGUUUCCACGGAAGUUCGGAGAGAAAAGAACAGAACAACUAUACACUAAGAUCAAAAAACAAAUCGGCAGUAGAAUCUUUACUAAGUCUAUUUAAGCCUAUAGAAGAAAAAUUUAAAAGUAAAAACAAACAUCAUUAUAAAACAACAAAAGAAAUUGAUUUAGACAACGAUUUAUUCCAUUGCACAAAUAGAACAUUAAUUGAUGGUUUUCUUGGAAGUAUUACUGAGUUUCGAAACAACACAACUAUACGAUCUAAAUCAUCGUUUUCUAAAGAAGAUAAUUUUAAGAACCUGUUUCGUCAUUCGGAAGACCAACAUCAUACUUCACAAUUCGUUUCGAAAAAUCAAGAUGUUCAGAAAACAAAAACAGGAACUGCCCCUGCAAAUCUUGAAUUGGUCCAAAUGGAAACUGAUUCUAACUCAGAAUCAAUCUACCAAAAAGAUGAUAGUUUAGAUAAAAAUACAAAAGACGGUUCAAGCAGAUUUCAGAGACCAGAAGUACUUGUUAGACCUGAAUUAGAAGAUAUGUUGCAUGACUUACAACUUGGUGGGAAUGGUUGUAUGAACGAUUUUACAGGCAUUCACAAUAGUUCAAAUUAUGCUACGAGUAAACAAUAUGUACACAAGAAUACAUCUGGCCUUGAAAAUUCCGUUAAUAAUACAGAUUCAACUAUUUAUACUUCUGCGAUGUCUGAUGAUGAUACUGAUAGUUGUGAUGACGAAAAAUUUGAAGCUUUUAUAAAUAGUCGAAUCCUUGUACGCGAUAACGAGGAAAUACAAUUAAUUAAUCAUGAUGCGCACCCAGGACUUAAUAAAAUUUCUACAAGAAAAUCAUUAGUGCCUGAAAAAAUAAAUAAUAAACUUUUUCAAAAAAACCCAUAUUUCGAGUUGUCUGAAGCACCGAAAAAUCAAGUAUUAUUAGUUAAUGACUGUGCACCUCUUAAAAAGUGUAUAGAACUACAAACCUUAACCCAAAAAAUUAAAAAAUCAAUGAGACCGAGAAAAAAGAAGUUGCCUAACAGUAGCAUAUCAAAUCUUUUGGAUAACGCGGUAUCGCCCAGUACGGACAGCCCACCUAUACUGAAGUUAAAACAUAAUACAUCCGGUGAUACUUCUUCUUACAGUAGACCCAAAAGAUCUCAUUCAAUAACUGAAUAUGACUUACAUAAUUCAAUAAAUAAAAAAGCAAAAACAAGUGCGUACACCACUCUAACUCAUAAAAAUUUGAGUUUUACUUCGAUUAAUUCAGUAGAUAACAUAGUAAAAUUGAAUGAAGACUAUCGCAAAAUUACUGGCAUGAAGAAAUUCCAAGUAACAAAAAAAUAUACCUCAAAUUUAUGCUCAUUAUCUAAUCCAGUUGGUAGUUUACCCUCAAAGAUAUUAAGAAUUAUUCUUGAAAAAGGAGCUAUGAAGAAAUUAGGCUUUACAAUUGUCGGUGGAUCAGAUAGUAUCAAAGGAAAUAUGGGCAUUUAUGUAAAAGAUAUAACCCAAAAUGGACAAGCUGCUAAAGAGGGAACGUUGAAAAUUGGUGAUGAAAUUUUAGCAGUUAAUGGUAAACUCAUACAAGGUUUAACACACGCAGAAGCGUUGCAGGAAUUUAGAUCUGCGAGACCAGGAAAAAUAAUUUUGUACAUUAGUCACAAAGAUUAAGCAAAUAAAACUUUAUUUUUCUAACGGUUGAUAAGCUCAUACGAAAUAAAUUAGUUUCAUAACCGAUUUUUUCUAUCAAGAGCUAAUACUUACGUCUUACAUAUUGAAUCAAUUAAAUUUUUUAUGCUAAUAAAGACUGAUUCAAAGUAGAUAUCAUAAAAAUA